AUGGAUGCUCCCCGACAGCCGCUUGCUCUGAGGGAGGAGGACUUGGACUGGAUCUCCAGUCAGCUCUUUCUGAUUCGCACACAGCUCUCGGCUCUGGCAGAGCGUCUCGAAGCCAUGCAGCAAGCUCACAACCGAAUGCAGGGAUACAUUCGUGCUUUGGAAGCUCGGGCUCGCAAGGACUCUCGAAAGGGCUCUCACAACAAGUAUGCCCAGCCUCAGCCUCUGAUCAUCAUGCUUGAGUCAUUGGACGACUGA